AACGCGUAUAAUAAUUGGACUAAGAUUUGACAAAGAUAUUUUCUAAUUUCUAUUUUGUAACCAAGUGGCUUAUGUGAGAACAUGACAGUGCCACCUUCCUCAAAAUCAUUCUUUCCCCUUCAAAACACACUUGCUAUAAAUUCCCUUAACCAAUGUAACUCCACAACACAAACCCUCCGUUUCUUUCAUUCCAACAACGUUCUUCUUUCUGUCACAUGUCUCAUACCCCAAACGUUCCUCAAUAUUGUUUCAUAGUCUUUGAUCUUCAUUCUCAACCUAAACUUCAAUUAUUCAUCUCUUAUCACCUCCCAAUAAUUUGAUUCCGAUUAUUCCGUUACAUUCCGCUAAUCACACAAAAACAAAAACAGAUCCUUUAUUAUCUCUCUUCCAAAAUAUUAUAUUCCCGGAAAAUUCUCUUGACAAAAUCAACCCAACAAACCCCAUCUCUUUAACUCCUUUGAAUCUUUCAAAGUUUCAAUCUUUUUCGCAAAUGGGUGUCAAAGGUUUCGUUGAAGGAGGCAUAGCUUCCAUCAUUGCAGGAUGUUCAACACACCCUCUUGAUCUCAUCAAGGUUCGAAUGCAGCUUCAAGGAGAGACUCAAACUCAAACAACCAAUAUCCGAUCCGCUCUUGCAUUUCAGCCUGGUUCCGUUCACCAGUCGCCAGCGGCGACGGCCACGCCUCGUGUUGGUCCGAUCGCCGUUGGUGUUAGGCUAGUUAAACAAGAAGGCGUGGCAGCACUUUACUCCGGCGUCUCAGCCACAGUUCUCCGACAGGUUCUCUACUCCACCACCCGUAUGGGACUCUAUGACAUACUCAAGAAAAAAUGGUCUGAUCCAAAAUCCGGCAGUAGUUUUACGUUAACAAAAAAAAUCGCGGCAGGGCUACUCGCUGGCGGGAUUGGCGCGGCGGUAGGAAAUCCAGCUGACGUGGCAAUGGUCAGGAUGCAGGCAGACGGAAGACUUCCCUCCGCUCAGAGAAGAAACUAUAAGUCCGUCAUCGAUGCUAUCACAAGAAUGGCGAAAGACGAAGGAGUUACUAGCCUAUGGCGCGGUUCAUCGCUCACCGUGAACCGCGCCAUGUUAGUUACAGCGUCGCAGCUGGCUUCCUACGACGAGUUUAAGGAAACGAUUCUGGCAAAGGGAUGGAUGAAGGACGGGCUUGGAACCCACGUGACAGCGAGUUUUGCAGCGGGUUUUGUCGCGUCUGUUGCGUCGAAUCCCGUGGACGUGAUCAAGACGAGAGUGAUGAAUAUGAAAGUGGAGGCUGGAUCGCCGCCGCCGUACUCCGGUGCCGUUGAUUGUGCUCUGAAAACUGUUCGUGCGGAGGGUCCUAUGGCUCUUUAUAAGGGCUUUAUUCCUACGAUUACGAGACAGGGACCGUUUACGGUUGUUUUGUUUGUUACGUUGGAACAGGUUCGUAAGGUGCUUAAGGAUUUCUAAGUUCGAUGAUGAUGACGACGAAUAAUUUUUUAAUAACGUUAAUAAUGUUCUUUUAGAUGUUUUUUUAUAUAUAGUUUUAAUUAAGAUUAAGAUGUUGAGGUUGUUGUUACCAAUUGUGACUCAGUUGAAGAUCUCGUUAUAGUAUUCGUGUUAUUUUA